AUGACCGCAUACGAGCCACCGGCAUUGGACGUACAGAGCCUCUUUGGCUUGCCUCGGGGCACGGUGGUGCUUGUGACGGGCGGUGCGCGCGGCAUCGGCAAGAUGAUUGCCACCGGCUUCGUCCAGAACGGGGCGAGAGUCUACAUCUCCUCUCGGACAUCCACGACGUGCGACGCGACUGCUGCGGAACUCAACGCGCUCGGCCCCGGACAAUGCAUAUCCCUCCCUGCGGACCUGAGCGACUUUGCCGAAUGUCAGCGGGUCAAAAGCGAGAUUGCCAAAGAAGGUGUCCUCCAUGUAUUAGUAAACAACUCUGGGAGGACAUACGACGCGCCAUUCGCAGAGCAUUCCGACACGGCAUGGGACGACGUGAUGACGCUCAAUGUCCGGCGCGUGUUUACCCUCGUGCAGGCCCUCACUCCAUUACUGGAAAGGGGGGGGAGGGUGAUCAACAUCGGGAGCAUGUAUGGGAUUAGCGUGACGGCGAAUGAGAGCUUUGCUUAUUGUGCCAGCAAGGCCGCUCUGCACCAAUUGGGCCGACACCUCGCUCUGCAUCUUGGCCCACGAGGGAUCACCGUCAAUACUCUCGCCCUCGGCGCGUUCCCGACCGACAUGCUGACUGCUUCGCUGGAGAAUAGUGUGGAGGAGAUCGCGCAAGGCGUGCCCCUCCGUCGGCUAGGCCAGGCGUCAGAUAUCGCCGGAACGUGUAUCUAUCUCGCGAGUAGGGCUGGCGCGUGGACAACCGGUGCCAUCAUUCCAGUCGACGGCGGGUCCAUGGUCGUUCCCCAGGGUGUGCUGUAG